CACAUGAAACUGAGAAAUCAAACUCAGCUGUCAGAAUUCCUUCUCCUUGGAUUCUCAGAGGACCCAACACUGCAGCCUCUCAUCUUCGGACUUUUCCUCUCCAUGUACCUGGUUACUGUAAGUGGGAACCUGCUCAUCAUUCUGGCCAUCCUCUCAGAAUCUCACCUCCACACACCCAUGUACUUUUUCCUCUCCAACCUUUCCUUCUCUGACAUCUGCUUCAUCUCCACCACCAUUCCCAAGAUGCUGGUGAAUAUCCAGACGCAGAGCAGAGCCAUCAGCUAUGCAGGCUGCAUCACACAGAUGUACAUUUUUAUACUCUUCACAGUUUUGGACAACUUUCUCCUGGCCGUGAUGGCCUAUGACCGGCUUGUGGCCAUCUGCCACCCCCUGCACUACACUGUAAUUAUGACCCCUGAGGUCUGUGUCCUGCUGGUUCUGGUGUGCUGGGUCAUUAGUGUCCUGCAUUCAUUCUUACAAAGCUUACUGGUUCUGAGGCUGAACUUCUGCACACACAUGGAAAUUCCCCACUUUUUCUGUGAGUUGAACCAUGUGAUCCAACUUGCUUGUUCUGACACCUUUUUCAAUGACUUCAUAAUGUAUUUCACAAUUAUACUGCUUGGAGGAGGUCCCCUGGCUGGGAUCCUGUACUCCUACUCUAAAAUCAUUUCCUCCAUCUGUUCCAUCUCCUCAGCUAGUGGAAAGUAUAAAACCUUUUCCACCUGUGCCUCUCACCUCUCUGUUGUCUUCCUAUUUUAUGGCACAGGUCUAGGUGUGUAUCUCAGUUCCUCUAUUACCUAUAACUCACACUCCACUGCCGUGGCCUCAGUCAUGUACACAGUGGUCACCCCCAUGCUGAACCCAUUUAGCUACAGCCUGAGGAAUGCAGACAUGAAGAAGGCUCUGAAAAGACUCUUGGUCCAUAAACUGUAG